AUGUCUGCUACCGAAGCCACCCAGCCUGUGGAGGAGGCCCCAGCCGCUGCUCCUGCUGUUGCUGAGCCCGUCGCCGCCGAGCCCGCUCCUGCCACCGAGGCUGCUCCUGAAGCUCCGGCUGCUGAGACCACCGAAACCACUGAGGCUGCACCUGCUGCUGAGGCUACUGAAGCUACUGAAGCCACUGCCGAAGCUCCCAAGGAAGAGGCUAAGGAAGAGGAGGUCACCCCCGCUACUGAUGGCACUCUCGGCUACAAGGGACCCGGUCUUGUCAAGAGCUUCCGAUUCGCCAAGCGCUUCUUCUACUUCUCAGAGGACGCUGUUGAGGCCAAGAACUUGACUUCUUACCUCGCUUCUGAGAAGAGCGCUGCCGCGGCCCAGCGCACUGCCGCUUGGGCUACCCAGACCGGCAAGGGUCUUCUAUUCUACACCAAGCGUGCUGAGGACAAGGCUACUCCCGCUGGCAUCUUCAACCUGUCUGAGGUCAGCGACGUCAGCAAGGAGGGCGUCAACGAAUUCUUCUUCAAGACCAACGGUCACAAGCAUGUCUUCCAGGCUACCUCCGCCGCCGAGCGUGACAGCUGGGUUGCUGCCUUGACUGCCAAGUCCGCCGAAGCUGAGGCUGAGAAGGAGACCAUCACCGGUAGCGAAGGCUACAAGGCUGAGCUCGAGAAGAUCACCAAGCCUGCUGGUGUUGCCACCGCUGUCAAGGCUGCCGCCGCUCCUGAGAAGGAAGCUGAGCCUGCCGCUGAGGACAAGAAGGAGGAAAAGAAGGAAGAGAAGAAGGAGGACAAGAAGAGCCGCUCGCAGUCGCGCAAGCGCGCCUCCAUCUUCGGAAGCAUUUUGGGUGGCAAGAAGGAGAAGGAGGAGGUCAAGGAAGAGACCCCGGCUACCACUGAGGCCACACCAGCUGAGGAAGCCACCGCCGCUGCUGAACCUGCUGCUCCAGCCGAGGCAACUACCGAGACUCCAGCUGAAGAGGCUGCCCCUGCUGCCGCCGAAGCUGAGACUCCUGCCGAGACCCCCGCCGAAGAGAAGAAAGAGGAGCCAAAGACUGCUGCCAAGUCCAAGCGUGCAUCCCUCUUCGGCAACUUCUUCAACAAGGUCGCCAGCCCUAGCAAGGAGAAGACCGAAGAGGAGGUUGCUCCUGUUGCCAGCACCGCUCCUCAACUCGACAGCCCUGUUGAUGAGGCUGCUGCUGCUGCCAAGCCUGCCGAGCCCGAGACCGCGGUUGAAACCCCAGCUGCUGAAGCCGCUGUUGCUUCUUCCUCCGAGACUCCUGCUGUAGAGACUGCCGAGAAGAAGGAGGAGACUACACCUGAGGCCAAGGACAAGCGCCGCACUUCCUUGUUCGGUACUCUGGGCAAGAAGGUCAAGAGCGAAGUUACCUCUGAUGGAGAAGGCAAGAAGACUAACAAGCUCGGAGGCUUGUUCCGCAAGCCCAGCAAGGCUGUGAAGUCGGAGGAAGAGAAGAAGGAGGCAGCUCCUGCUGAGACCAUUGCUGAGGGUGAAGACAAGCCCGAGCCUAUCUCCAAGGAUGCUCCUGUUGAGGAGGUCGCCCCUGCUACCACUGAGAAGGUUGAAGAACCUGUUGUUGCUGCCGAGCCCGUCAACGUUGCCCCGGCCGCUGCACCAGUUCAGGCUGCUGCCUGA